AUGGUCCAAAUUCAUGGCGGAGGGUAUACGCUUGGUGACUCGGAAACUGCACCAGGUAAUGCAUUAGUGUACCAAUCUCGUGGCUCCCUGAUAUACGUGGCGAUACAGUAUCGCUUGGGAGCAUACGGAUUUCUUGGUGGACCUGAGGUGGCUGCCGAAGGCGCUCCAAAUGUGGGUCUCUUAGAUCAACGGGCAGCACUUGCAUGGGUGCAACGCCAUAUCAGCAAGUUUGGCGGCGACCCUGCGAAGGUUACCAUAAUUGGAGGCAGCGCAGGCGGAGGUUCGGUGAUGAAUCAAAUGAUUCUUUAUGGGGGUGCCAGCAGUCCGCCGUUCAGGGCAGCUAUCGCAGAGUAUCCGUGGUGGCAACAACAUCACAGCCCUUCUCUACUCGAACAACAGUUUGAACUGCUGCUUAACACUAGUAAUUGUGAUGAUAUUCGCUGUCUCCGAUCGCUCUCAGAAAAGGAUCUUGAAAAUGCCUACGUUAAAGCCAACAAACUGGCCUAUGGGAAAGGGUAUUACGGGUACGGUGACUUCUAUUACGGCCCUUAUGUUGAUGGAACCGUGAUCCGUGAUCUGCCCUCUGAGGAAUUUAAGCAGGGUCAUUUCGCAAAAGUACCUCUGCUGGUCAACCGUGAAGGUUAUGAAGGUGUCGGUUUUACCAACACAUCCGAGACAAACAUAGCCGAGGAAGUGGCCGACUUGCAAACACUUUUUCCUAAUGCGAAGAAGUCGUUCUAUAAUCGCCUUUUUGAACUUUAUCCAGCUUCGGAUUUCAAUUCAACUUUCUUCCAGCGCGCUAAGGUAUUCGGUGAUUUUGUCAUUGACUGUCCAACAUAUUUUAUGUCAACGGCUGUUUCCGAUUCGGGGAAUCCGGUCUAUAAAUUGGUUUUCGAUGCCGGAUCAGAACUACAUGCCAGCCUCGCGCCAUUCCUUGAAACUGUGAAUUUGAAUGGAGAAUCCAACAAUGCUACACUUGGCGAUAUUUUAAGAAGCUAUUACGUUUCAUUCGCCAAUUGUCUAGAUCCAAAUGCUGAGUCAUUUGCUAAAAUUAAUCGUCCGUUCUGGCCAACAUAUCAGAAUAGCCAGAACGGUAACUUUUCAGUUCUCAACAUUACGUACACUACGAUUGGUGUCUCUCAAGAUCCAGAUGCUUCGCCACGAUGUGACUUUUUCUCCAGCCAGAGUUAUGUGGUGAUGAAUUAG